AUGGAGUUGCCUGAGGUGUCCGGUGAGGAGGCUAGAGCCAAGACAGUACGAGCCCACGGGGCAUAUGUACGCCUCUCAUGGGUUCGGGAGAUAUAUGAGAUGAGAGGCCAGGCACGACGAUGGAUUGUAGCAGCUCGUGCUUAUCUCCUACACCUGGUCGGUUGCACUGUUUUUCCUAACAAGAGUGCAACAUAUGUUCAUGUGGUGCAUCUAGAGACUUUUCGCGACCUGGGUCAGAGUGGGGGCUAUGCCUGGGGAGCUGCGGCCCUGGUUCAUAUGUAUGACCAGUUAGAUGAAGCUUCUAGGACCACGACACAGCGGAUUGGGGGGUACCUUACUUUAUUACAGUGCUGGAUCUAUGAGCACUUUCCGAGUGUGCAUCAGUGCGUGACCGAUGAUGCGUACAAGGAGAUGUCCCCUCGUGCCUCCCGGUGGCUGACGAUGAAGGCUCAUGUGAAGGGAAUUACAGGAGCGUCGUAUCGGGCACGUUGUGAUGCUUUGACAGUCACAGACGUGUGCUGGUUGCCUUACAGUGACCAUCGAGGGGUUAGGGGGUUUGAGCUGAUUUCAUCGUUCCAGGGUCAGCUAAGAUGGGGUCCUAUGGUGGUCAUAGUUCAAUCGGAGAGGGUGCUACGCCAAUUUGGUUACAUUCAGAGCAUCCCUCCGCCGCCUGUAUCUACGGAUUACAUGGAGUGGUUUUUCCAGAUAUCUCACCCAUUCAUGAUACCGACCCAGGCAGGUGACCAGCCCAGACAUGCACUUGCCCCAGACCAUGAGGACUACAUGCAGCCGGCCAUCCCACAGGAUGAUUACGAAGGCUAUGAGACAAUCGCAGAAAGGUUGGAGUGUGUACUCAACCUUAGGAUGGUCACUGUAGGGACAGAGUUACAUGAUAUCAUGCAAGAUUGCCUGAGGAUCGCCAGGGGGGUGCCAGCGCAGAUGGAAGUGUUAGGGCUCGACAAAGACGGCGCAUAG